GCAUAAUAGCGUGAUUUCAUAUAUUAUUUCUUGAGCCAGGAUACACCACUGAAAACACCAGCAGGUACUCGUUCGACAGUUCAAGUCAGCUCGACUUCCAGCCCCGAAGCUCGCAACCAUGGUGAACGCUUUGGCUAUCACGACCGGCGUCCUUGCUAUAGUAGGCGUCGCCCCUUGGCUGAUUUACUUGGGCGCGCUGGCCAAGAUCACAGAUGUCGUGACCAAUGGGCAGUGGAGCCAAGCCCAAGAGCAAACCGUUAUUAUGCUGGAAUGGUACACUGUCGCAGCACAGUUUGUCAACCUGGUCAUCCUGGCCGUCUGCAGCUUCGUCCCCCACGCGAUGAAGCGGACGCACAGCAUGUUCAGCAACUGGUUUGCCGUCAACACCGCCCUCAUCAUCUACCGCACGACCCUGCGCAUUGUCGACCUCAACCAAAUCCAGGACGGCGCAAACCCCGGCAACAUCAUUGACGAAGGACGAUGCCGAGAAGUAUGUGACGGCUGAAAUUGUCGGCAUGAUUGUGACCAGCUUCUGGAACUUCCUCCUCUCCAUCUUCUUCAGCAUUGCCGGCACUGGCCACGUCCAACCCCAGGCCAAGAAGGAGGAGGACAAGCCGGCUCAGCCUGUGGCUGCCUAAGUCCAUAACACGGGACAAACGCAGUGACUUUUAAACGCCGUGACUUCUGCUAGAUAGGGACAGUCCAUGCUGGUUCUCUAGUGGACAAUACGUUUGCGCGGUGUCGUCACGUGAGCGCUGCGGGCAUAGGCGAACCAUGCUCUAUUUCCCGUUUGUGUAAGGCCUAGCGGAGGUUAGGUGUGUUUGCGGACAUGGAUUGUUCGGUUUCAGCGACUACAACAAGCAUCUUCGAUAACAAUGCAAAGUGUGCACAGUCCACGUGAGAGUAUCGGCGAUGUACUGUAAUCGUGCUACUCGUACUACCGUAUCAGGUGGUGCCACAACUGCGUUGAGAAGCUUGGCACGUGUGCCGGUUUGGGAACUAGCACUUCGCGCCCACUUUGCCGACUUGAUAUCCCCUAGUUCCUCGAUUUCCUGUAGCAGGAACGCCGAAUCCCGGUAAACGCACUUCCAUGACUAGCCAGAGACUGCUUAAAGCCUUCCGUAGGGUUUGUGAGGGUUUACCCGUCACAUCUCACGAGCCAGGGCUGCCUUGCUUAUCUCAAGCUCGCAGCAUGUAAGGUGCAUGCGCAGCUGUGUGGAGCCGGCCAGCACGCAUGUCAAGAGCAGCGCCAACCGUCGAGGCACGGAGCACUGUAAUGCGCUCCGCCG